AUGCCGACCCAGUCUCACGUCGACGCUUCUGCAAAGCCAUAUUUGGCGCCCGUCAAGAAAAGAAUUGGCCGGGCGUGUGAUCGAUGUAACCAACUGCGGAUGAAAUGCGACGGGGUCCACCCCUGUUCUCGCUGUGUCGAGCAGAAGCUCAGCUGCGAGUACAAGCGCGAAAAGAAGACGCGCGGCAAGGCGCCCCGAAAAAUGCUCGCCGAAAGCGCCGCUGGUCACAGCAACCAGGCCACGCGUCACAACCUCAGCGACAUGCCGGAAUCAUCUUCCCAUGUCGCCAACGACGCUCGGGCUGGCCCCCUGGACAUCGAACUCAGUGGCUACGGAGCUGAGCACGAAGUGCAGAGCAUUGUCAGCGUCAUAGUGAAGGGUAGUCUUGCGGAUCAGGGCCACAGCGAGCACUACCGAUACCAGAUGUCGGGCUACCAGGGGCUCGCGUUCGGGCUGUCGGCGGCCCCGUGUCCCGCUCGCUUCGACAACAACUUUGCAUUUCCAAUGGGAUACAGGCCCCUCAACGGAUAUCCCAUGGCCAUUCCGUCUCUUUCUCCUGUCUUGGGCAGCAUGGCCAUGUCCCCAAUGCCCCCCAAGUGCCGCUAUCCUGUUCUCGAACCCCUGAUCCCUCACCUGGGGAGUGCAAUCUCCGUCUCCCUGGCCUGCAACCUGCUCGACAUCUACUUCUCCUCGUCAUCGGCCCAGAUGCAUCCCACGUCGCCGUACGUGCUGGGCUUACUUUUCCGCAGGAGUGCAAUUUUGCAUCCGACCUGCCCGAGGAGAUGCAAGCCAGCACUCCUCGCCAGCAUGCUAUGGGUGACUGCUCAGGCGAGCGACGCUCCCUUACGGACGAGCUCGUCGUCUACCCGGAGAAAUAUUCGCCAGACUCUGCUGGGCCUCGCCGUGCGGCUCCUCAAGCCACUGAUUGAUAACGCCGCGGCGGGGAAGGCGCCCCUGGGAGCAGCAGCAACGGCGGAAUCAGCGGCAACAGCGGCAACUGUGGCAGAUGCGGGAAUCGGGGUUGUCCAUGUGGAUGUCGCCGCCCUGAUGAGAGAUGCCGAUCUUGACGCUGCUGGGGCCGCCGGGCAGCUCGACGACGUCGCGACGUACAUACACCUGGCCACGGUCUUUUCUGUGAGCGAGCACAGCGAUGUGGGUCUUCAGUGGUGGAUCGCUGCCUGGUCCCUGGCCCGAGAGCUCAAGCUUGGCCAAGAGCUGCCUCUUGGUGAGCCACGCCCUAGAUCCAGCAAGAAAAGAGAGGCAGCCGAGCACGAGGGCUUCGACGAGUGCGAUAUAAGCCGAGGCAUUCCCGGAUUUAUCACUGAGGAAGGGAGGGAAGAACGGAGAAGGGUUUGGUGGAUGGUCUACAUGGUCGACCGGCACCUGGCGCUCUCCCACAACAGACGUCUGAUCCUCCUCGAUGUCGAGUGCGAGAACCUCCUCCAGCCCAUGAGCGACAUAGCCUGGCAGAAAGGUGACUUUGAGGGCUUCACCAAGCCCAACCCUGGCUCAGGUGCGCCGAGUACCGUUUCACAUGGCGCGAGCUUGUCUCGAUUUGAGUGCAGCGACCAUGGCAUCUUUGGAUACUUCUUGCCGGCCAUGACGAUACUAGGCUAUAUUGUCGACUUGCACCAUGCAAAGAGCCCUCCCGGGUUUGUCGUCGGCUUCCGGGAUGGCCACGAGCUUGACAGCAAGACGCGAGAGAUUGAUCGACACCUCGACGUCUACGGGCGGAGCCUGAAAGUGUUCGAGGAGCGCUACGUGCGCAGGGCUGCGGAAUGCGUUGACGAGGGAGAACAAAGUCGCAAGUUGAGGGGGCUCUCGAGCACGAUGACCGAGGGCGAGAUCAAGGCUCGCAUCGUCCUCGCCUACGCCACUCACAUCAUGCACGUGCUACAUAUCCUGACUUUUGACAAAUGGGAUCCCGUAAGCCUCCUCGACGAUAAGGACUUUUGGAUCUCGUCGCAAAGCUUCAUCACAGCCACGACCCACGCCGUUUCGGCGGCCAACGCCGUAAGCCAGAUGCUCGAAUACGACCCGGGCCUCGAGUUUAUGCCCUUUUUCUUUGGAAUCUACCUCCUGCAGGGAUCUCUGUUGUUCCCCUUGGUUGCAGACAAGCUUCAGCGCGAGACCUCACACAGUGUUGUCGGGGCUUGCGAAGUAAUCGUGCGAGCCCAUGAGAUAUGCGUCUUGACACUCAGCACAGAGUACCAGCGCAACUUUGGCAAGGUCAUGCGCGGCGCCUUGGCCGUUUUGCGAGGUCACGUCCCUCAGCAGUUUUUAGAGCAGUGGCAGCAGCGUUGGGGAGAGCUUCUAGGGCUGUACCGAUGGACGGGCGACGGAGGGACCCCGAUAUCUGCAUACACGGGAACCAAGUAUCCUCACAAGCAGUCGUUUCGCAUGGAAGCUUAUGCCGAGGACGCCAAGAUGUACGACGGCGUCAAGUAUGAGCGGAAGUCGACCGGGCCGUUUACGGGAAAGUUCGUGUCGCAGGGCAGCAUCGUUCAUAUUGACAGCGAGGACUAUGUCGAGCAUCGUGUUCUAACCAAGCCAUUCUUUUUAUAA